GGCCUACAGAAAUGCCGGGACGGCCCGCCCCUGCCGAACAGGAGGAAAGCAAGAGGGGGCAGGCCUUCUCGGAAGGCGGCGAGGCUUCUCGGAAGCCCUCGCGCUUGGUGAGGAGCGGCCUCUGUCUUCGGAGCAGGCUCGGAACGCGUCUCAGAAGGCCCGAGGCCUCAGCCUUGUGAGAAGUCACCAGCCCCCUCUGCAUCCCCCCCCCCGGGCGCUCCGCCGACCAACGUCCCUGGAGAUCCAGGCGUUGCGAUUGUUGUCACGCCAGCCCGUUUCUGCUUUUUCUGUUCGGGCCCAGGGGCCCUCACGGGUCGAUCUGGCGAAAAACAUGGUAAUUACGGGAAGAUAUGGUGUCUGUAGGGCUCCAGUCGUGGAAGCAAUUCCGAUGUUGCAAUGUGUGCCGUAACGUCGGAUCUGAGGGUCUGGAAGUAAAACAAAACGCAGGCUUUUCGUCGUGUUCGGCGCAGGGGGCCCUCGCUGGGCCCUGGGGACGUCAGGAGACGACCAGGAAAAACGGGUCUCGGGGCAGGGGUCCAGAUCUCUGCGGGGCAACGUCGGGAACACACCGCGACGUGGGAGGUCUGGGGGUGCAGCAGGUGCCGCAGCAGCAGCAGAGACUGCAGAAGCUGCCGUCUGGCAGGAGCAAGCUGUGGUGCCACUUCUACUUGGACGAGGGCAUGCUCGUCAAGGGCUUCGAUCUCGCCAAGAAGAUCAUCGGCCACGCCGGCGCCGGCACCCGCAGCAUCUUCGACGCCACCGGUGCCAAGAUCAGGUUCCGAGGCAAGGGCAGCUGUCACCUCGAGGGCAGGUACGAGCGCGAGGCACCGGUGCACCUCAUGCUCGCGGUGACCGCUGACCUCGAGGAUCGAGGAGUGGACGGUUUCCGGGAGGCCGUGCGCUUGGCGGCCGGGCACCUGCGCAGCGUGGAGGACAGGUUCUGCCACUUCUGCGGCAGGUCGGGCCGCCCGUCGCCCAGGCCCGGCGCCUGCUUCUGGGUCGGGGAGAUCUCCGCGCGCGGCGCGGCGUGCUCGGAGGGCGUCCUCGGCGACCUUGGCCUUGUCGUGCCCGCUCAUCCCUGAGCCGCGCCUUCAGCACCGCUCUCGCCCUUUCACCUCAGCGUCCUCCCUCCGCCACCGCUCUCAUCCGAUCCCGGCCUGCUGCCCAGUCGUGCCCGUCCCCCCGUUCCCUCUCGCCGGGCCCCGCGUGCGCGCUCGAGCCCGUGGCGCGCGCGCGGGAGCGCCGCGGCGCAGAUCGACGGCGCGCGGCGCUUUCAAAUCGAGCGGCGCCAUAGUCGCGCGCGCUCCCCGCUGAGUGCAUGCACGGACACCCCGCCUGAGCGACCGCGGCCUCGGCGAAAGCG